AUGGAAGGUAUCGUUCCAUAUUGUAACAGUUUUGCACUUCUUGCACCUCGGCGAUUGUGUAGAUUCGGUGGACUUGGCGUGCCAUUUGCGCUGGAAAUUCCAGAAUUUGGAAUUGGAGGGGAAAGAGUACGCCCAAUCAACCCACACCGUCGUCGUCCACUUCCACCGAGUGCUCGCCCCACGAAGAGCUCUCUGAAAAUCCCUCCAGACGCAUCGAACUUCUUCCAAUCGACGUCGUCCCCAGAAUCCAACACAUCCGGUGGGGAUUACUGUAGACGUCAACGUCACGACGAUUCGAUAAUCGCCGGCGCCGCGUCGUUACAAUUCAGAAGGAACGGAUUCGGACGACGUUCCGAGAGAUUCACAUCGUCAACGUCUUCUGGGAUUCAGAUGAUGAUGAUGGAGAUGAGCGAUUUGGAAGAGGAGAUUGAGGAGAACUCGUCCAUGAUUCUGAAGCUGACGUCUUCUAAGAAAAAGGAUUCAGAUGACGCUGACGGGACUCAGAAAUUGAAGAGAAAUUCGUUUUUUAGAAGAUCUCUAAACGCGUUUCGAUCGAAAACCGGCGUCCGAGGUGUCAGAGGAACGAAAAUUUCAGAUAUUUCAACGAUUCCUGAGGAUUCAGAAGCGCUGUUAGGGGAUUCUGAAGGCGAGGAGCCGGAGGACUCCAAAAAUGCCAAAAAAUCCAACAUGAAAUCCAUUUGGCGUCGUCUUUUUUUGUCGAAAAAGUCGGAAAAAUCGGAAAAAUCUUCCCAGAAAUCCGAAAAAUGCGAAGCUCCGCCCAUCCAACUGCUCCGUCACGAGCUCCUCAAAGACGAGACAAGUUUCUCGACGACAUUUAUUCGACUCGAGAAUCAACACGACGAUCCGAGAUACGAGGAACAUGUGAAAAACUCGGCGCAUUUCGCAUUCGGAUACUAUAUGGGAAUUGGGAGGAAAUUUGAACGAGUUGCUGGUGGAUCGGAGAUUACUCUCGUCGUUUUUGGACAUGCGAUGGCGGGAAAAACGACUUUUGUCCGCUCGAUUCGUCAACUCUUUCUCGUCGGCACCGACCGUAUUCGUGUCAUUCCGCUCGCCGAACGCUAUCGUCUCGCCGGAAUCGGAAUGAUGCCGUAUCCAGUUGGCGAUAAUCGACUGCCACACGUCGUCUCGCUGGUCAUCAACAACGACGACGUCGAGUACGUGCUGGAUAUCAUCGAUCCGGAAUAUGAUAACUCAAACCUGCCACAAGCCUAUAUGGACGCAUGCGACGCCGCCUACCUUCUUAUCGACACACGAAACAGCGCUAGUCAUCUGUCGACCCGCCAGAUUCUUCGAAAUAUGAAGAGUGCGAGACAUACGCAAUGCGAGAUAUUGAUGAAUAUUCCGUCGGAAUCGUGCGGUCAGCCACGUGUCGUCUCAUCAGACGAUAUGGAAAUCAUCAUGUUGAAGAAAUCGGCACCGAUUCGAGAGUUGUGUGUGAAUGAGUUGGAUAAGAGUGGUGUUGAGCAGAUGCUUCUCUCAAUGUGUGAACGCGUUUCGACCGCCCGUAAAUCCACAAUUCCCAUCACGUCAUCCGCCACGUCAUCACCAACGAUAACUCAAGUCUAG